CUUUUCAUUUCUGUCGACACUUACUCUUAAAACAAGAAUUAAAGAGAAUUUGACGUAAAUUGAAGAAAAUAUGCUAAAAAGUUUGCUAAUGUUUGUACUGCUAAUGAAAAUGUUUGUUUGCGACGAGAAUAAUACAAAUGACAGUCAAUUAGCCGCUGAACACUUCGCCCGCAUAUUGAAAACAGCGAAAUGUUCACAACCCGUGCCUCGUGUCAUAUAUCUAUCAAAACUAUUUUCGACAUAUAAUAAAAAAUACGUACCCUUUGCCACCGUUUUAAACAUUUGCGACUCAACGUCGGGCUGUUGUAGUGAUGAGACCCAGAGAUGUGUGGCCAAGAGUAUUGAGAAAGUGGUCCUACAUUUUCUGGUACUCGAGGUAACCGUCGAGGGAAACAAAAAGAGUGUCGAUGCCAUCAAUUUUAAUAAUCACACCCAAUGCGAGUGCAGACAUAUUAACAGUAGUUCACAACUUACUUAA